CAACUAGCAUUUAAGCUUUUACACUUUUAAUUUAAGACUGAUUUCAACAUUUGUAAUCUUGAAAAUAAUUAAAUACAAAUCUAAAUUUAAGCAUAUAUGCAUUUUUAGCUGUCAAUCAUGUAAAUGGACAUGUCUGUAAAUGAAAACAACAAAAUGUGUGAUGUGCUGUAAUUACACCCCUCCCAGCAGUCAGACUUUAAAGUGAUCGCUACUCACAGCAAACACAUUUCAAGUUGAGCUUGCACUUUGACGACACCAAGAUCUUGAAACCUAAACCCACUAAGAUGUUCUUCUCACAAGAUCCUAUGCUUUUGUACCCGCAGUCUCCGUACAUGCAAACCGGGCCUGCCAUUCCUCGCAGCCCUCCAAGCAGACCUUCGUUUUUGAUCGAAGAUCUUCUCGUCAGGAGACAAUCGCCUUAUUUAGUGCCAAAACCACCGCAAGAACACGCACACGAACCUCAAGUCCCUUCCAGCAGCGGAAGCUCGUACAACUUUGGUAUGCCAGCUCUAUUCUCAAGAAGUCGCAAAGACCAUUCUACAGUUUAUCAAGAUCCAAGCCCAGAGGUCCUCAAUUCACUCCCAGUUUAUUUCCGUCUCAAGCCGACGAUGAGAACACCGAGUGGCCGAAGAUGCCGUAAAUCGCGCACAGUAUUUACCGAUCUUCAGCUACGAAUCCUUGAGAAAACUUUCUCGGAGCAGAAAUACCUGGAUACUUCGAGCCGCGCCAAACUUGCCCAAACGUUAGGUUUGAACGAGACACAAGUAAAAACGUGGUUCCAGAACAGAAGAAUGAAAUGGAAGAAGGAUACCAAACAAAAUAAACAAGCCGUCGGCAUGGACGGAGAUAGCGCGCAUUCUCAACGAAAAAAUGAGAACGAGAAAGGGGGAGACGAAAUCAGAGAAGUUUCGAGCGAAAAAGCGUCGGUGAGGCGAGAGGUUGACUCCUAGAUGUUCCAAAACAGCAUCCUAGCUGGAUGUACUAUGGCUAUUGUUUCAGUUUGAAGAGAAUUAAGGACAAACUUCAAAAGCUCUUUAUAAUGCUGUAUCGCCCACUUAACGCACUUUUGAUCAGAUGUACAUAAAAAAUACUGUAAAACGUGCUCUAUGGAUUUUAAGGAUUGUUAUCCAUAACUCAGUUGAUAUUAUUAUAAUUAUUAACUAUCGUUACUUCG